AUGACUUUCUAUGAGCUGCAGAACAUAAAAGACUUCAACGGCGAGCCCGUGGAGUAUGAAGAGUAUUUCAGAAGGCUUUUAGAGGAGAUAAGAGCGUCAGAAAUAGAUGCAGAUGAAAUAAAAACAAAACUGUUCAGCCUGCUGGUCAAAGAAAGAAGCAGCACAGUGAUAGAAUGCACGAUAAAAGUGCUCCAUUCGCUGGAUAUAGAAAUAAUGCCUAGCAGAAUAAGGCCGCUGAUGGAAAUAGGAGAUGUGCUGAAAGUGUAUGCCAUCCACAUACUUCAUCCAAAAAUAAAAAAAGAAGUGGAAGAAGAGACAGAAGAAUGGGCUGGACUAGUCAGUGCUCUCUUUAAAGCAGAAAUAUUCAUAUCUGCUCCCGUUCUAAAGAUGGCAUCAAAACUGAGCGCUAUCCCCAUAGUAAAAACAAUAGCUGAUGAAUUUAUAGACGCACAGCUCUCUAUAAACUCAAUCAGACUCAGCAGCACUCUACUGGACAAUCCACACUAUUCCAGAACAGAGAGUGCUCGGCUAUCAAAGAUGUUUGGUAGAUGUGCCGGUGCAAUAGGAGACAUGGACACUUUUAUCUCGCAAGAAGCAUCGCACUUUCUCCUCUCUUACUAUCAAAAAAUCAGGAUGGAUGGAAAAACAGAUAAGAGCUCUUUCUACGAAAGGAUAAAAAGUGUACAAAAUAGCAACAGUCUGCACUUUAGAGAUAAGUCAUGCGACAACUAUAUAAGAGACAUCUACACACACCUGCCAGAAAGAACAAAAGAACAGCUCAAGCAGGAAAUAGCAAAAAAAGAACCGCAAUGUAUAAAUAGCAUUCUCGAUAUACCAAAUAUGCCCGUGCACACAAUUUCAAAGAAAACAGUAAGACAUGUGCUAUCACAAGAGACUGCACCAGAAGAAUCGCAUGAAAUAGCCCUUUCUCUUACAGACGACUAUUACAAAGAUAAAGACCUAUCUCAUUUGUUCACCACACAGCCAUACCACUCAAACUGUGUAGAGUACUAA